GCAGCUCCCCACCCUCCAGCCCCUGAUUUUGGGGGUUUGCAGCUCAGGUUUUAGGGCCGUGGGGGUGCCAGCGAGACCCUCACAAUCACCCCCCACCCCGUGCUUUACCUUCCCUUACCCUGAGGUGGGCUCGGGGUCCCUUCGGAGAGGGGCUGAGCGGGGCCCUUUAACCCCCCCCCCUCCUUUUGCCCCCCCAGCCCUGGAGCCCUCCCCUGGGCGGGUUUUGGGGGACACGGGCCCCCCCUCGCCUCCGCCCCCCCCGCGCGUGCACAAGCCUUGCUUCGUGUGCAGCGACCGCAGCUCCGGCUACCACUACGGAGUGAGCUCCUGCGAGGGCUGCAAGGGGUUUUUCCGCCGGAGCAUCCAGAAGAACAUGGUGUACACGUGUCACCGGGAGCGGAACUGCCAGAUCGACAAGGUCACCCGGAACCGGUGCCAGUUCUGCCGCCUCCAGAAGUGCUUCCAGGUCGGAAUGUCCAAGGAAGCCGUGCGGAACGACCGGAAGAGGAAGAAGGAGGUGAAGGAGGAUUUGGGGGGCGACGAGCUGAGCCCCGAGCUGGCCGAGCUGGUGCGGAGGGUCAGCAGAGCCCACCAGGAGACCUUCCCCUCUCUGGGCCAGCUGGGCAAGUACACCACGAACUCGAGCGCUGACCACCGCGUGCAGCUGGACCUGGGGCUGUGGGACAAGUUCAGCGAGUUGGCCACCAAGUGCAUCAUCAAGAUCGUGGAGUUCGCCAAGCGGCUCCCGGGCUUCACGGGGCUCAGCAUGGCCGACCAGAUCACCCUGCUCAAGGCCGCCUGCCUCGACAUCCUGAUGCUGCGGAUCUGCACGCGCUACACCCCGGAGCAGGACACGAUGACGUUCUCGGACGGGCUGACGCUGACCCGCACGCAGAUGCACAACGCGGGCUUCGGGCCCCUCACCGACCUCGUGUUCGCCUUCGCGGGGCAGCUGCUGCCGCUGCAGCUCGACGACACCGAGACCGGGCUGCUCAGCGCCAUCUGCCUCAUCUGCGGGGCGUCUGUCCCGGGUGGUCUCUCCCUCUCCUCCCAGACCGGAUGGAGCUGGAGCAGCCCCGGCGGGUGGAGCGGCUGCAGGAGCCGCUGCUCGAGGCUCUCCGCGUUUACGCCCGGCGCCGGCGCCCGCGGCAGCCGCAGCGUUUCCCUCAGAUGCUGCUCAAAAUCACCGACCUGCGUGGCAUCAGCACCAAGGGGGCGGAACGAGCCAUCACCCUGCGCACGGAGAUCCCGGGGCCGAUGCCCCCCCUCAUCCGGGAGAUGCUGGAGAACCCCGAAAUCUUCACCGAGGUGGGGGGAGAUGCACCCCCCCCACCCCCAGACCCCCCUGCUGCCCAGGACAGUCCGCCUGGCCCCCCCAAAUCCCCAUAGCCCCCCCCCAAAGCCCCUCCCCAGUGGGGUGGGGUGUUCAGAGCUGCCUUCCAGGGCCCCCCCUUCCGCUCUGGGAAGGGGGAGCUCCCCAAAGUGCCCCCGCCCCGAAUUCAGGGAAGGGGGGCAGAGACUGACAGAGCAAAGCUAUUGCCUUAAGCUGGGGGGGUCUGGGGGUGCCCCCCCAAACCUCAGCUUCACGCCAAAGCCCCCUCAGACCCCGCUGCCACCCCCCCUUGUACCGGGGGGGCUGUGAGGGGGGAGUUUGGGGGCCCAGCCCCUCCCCCUGAAAAACGAAUGCCUGACGCUCCCGGAGCGCCCCUCCCUCCCUCCCUCCCUCCCACGGUUUAUUUAUUGGACACAGGGUGGAUUUUGG